GCGGAAAUGACGCAGAGGAAGUGGUCGUGAUCGCAAUUCCCUCCCACAUGUGCCGCCCCCGGCUCUAUGCCCCGCCCCCAGCGGCGCGGAGAGCAGAGCCAAGAUGGCGAGCGAGUUGGAGUACGAGUCUGUGCUAUGUGUAAAGCCAGACGUCAGCGUGUACCGGAUUCCGCCCCGGGCCUCCAACCGCGGCUACAGGGCAUCUGACUGGAAAUUAGACCAGCCUGAUUGGACUGGUCGCCUGCGAAUCACUUCAAAAGGGAAGAUUGCCUAUAUCAAACUUGAAGAUAAAGUUUCAGGGGAGCUUUUUGCCCAAGCACCAGUAGAACAGUAUCCUGGUAUUGCUGUGGAGACAGUGACAGAUUCCAGCCGCUACUUUGUAAUCCGGAUCCAGGAUGGUACUGGGCGGAGCGCGUUCAUUGGCAUUGGAUUCACAGACCGGGGAGAUGCCUUUGACUUUAAUGUCUCUUUGCAAGAUCACUUCAAGUGGGUAAAGCAGGAAUCUGAGAUUUCCAAAGAAUCUCAGGAAAUGGAUAAUCGUCCCAAGUUGGACCUAGGCUUCAAGGAAGGGCAGACCAUUAAGUUGAGUAUUGGGAACAUUACAACGAAGAAAGGAGGUACUUCCAAGCCCAGAACUGCAGGAUCUGGAGGCCUAAGCUUACUACCACCUCCACCUGGAGGCAAAGUCACUAUUCCUCCACCAUCCUCAGUUGCCAUCAGCAAUCAUGUCACCCCACCACCCAUUCCAAAAUCUAACCAUGGAGGUAGUGAUGCAGAUAUCCUUUUAGAUUUGGAUUCUCCUGUUCCUGUUACAACUCCAGCACCAGCUCCAGUUUCUACAAGCAAUGACUUGUGGGGAGACUUCAGCACCGCAUCCAGCUCUGUUCCGAACCAGGCACCACAGCCAUCCAACUGGGUCCAGUUUUGAAUAGCAGUGGCAGGACAUUACGGACAGACUUGAAGAAUAUAAAUGACCUUGAGGGCACCAAUCUAUGAGGGAGGUUAGGAACCCCUUCAUUCCCCAGACCAAAAUUAAUGGACAAUCUUUUUUAUAACUUCUCCAUUGCAUUGAAGCUGUUUUUUGUUACUCCCCUAUGUUGCUACUUGCUGUACAGCCAAGAGAGUAUCUGUUAUUUUCUGCUUUAUUACCAAGGCAGGAGAAUAGUGAAUCUUACCAUACUUCUGGCUGAUUAUGCAGGGUUGAAAAGGCCAGUCAGUGUCUUUUUGAGAGGGAGUGACCUCUAACAUCUGUAAAAAUCUUCUUUUAAAUUCUUAAACUUAUUUCAGAAUCAUCUCAUGACCCUUGCGUUGCUCUUUGUGAAGCCCAAUUUAGCAAUUUUGGGGGAGACAGAAGCCUUGAAACUUGCUUCUCUAUUCACGUAAAACUAACAAUGGGCAGGCCACCCUCAGUAUUUAAAGAUUCAGAGUUUUGAUAGGGGUAGGUUUGUAGAAAGAUUCGUGUCCUGAGUUUCUUCUAUAUAGCUUCCUUCAGACUUUUCCUAUUCAGAGAACAUCCAGUGCUGGGUGCAGCUUCAUUGCCCUCUUGUGUGUUUACAUGUCUCUCCUGUGAUAAGAGGGUUGUUUUGGUGGCACCUUCACUAUUCUCUGUUUGUUGAAUAGUGCAACAUCUUUGACCAGGGGGUGUUUCGGGGAUUAAGGAGGUUCAAGGGACUGUGCUUCCCAAGUUAUAUUGUAUAGAAGUGCUUAAUUUCUUGCAGCUCCAUGUAGUUGCUGAAGCACAGAAGUAAUCUGUAUUCACUCUUUAUUUGACCUAAAUUUGGAGAGUUUAGAGUUCUUAAUCUUGUCUGUAGAGCAGAGAGGUGGAAGCGCUUAACUUUCUUUCAGUACCCACAUUGCCUUGCUGCCUGGGCAUCUGACCCUUUUCUAUAAACAUUGCUUUUUCAGUCCAUCUGGCUCUUCAAUAGAAAGCUGCUGUUUUAUUUAUAUUGUCAUUUAUGAAGGAAAUUGGAGGGUCACAGCUUUACUUAGGAGAGGUUUUUGCUCCAGGCUUUGAUAUCCACCAGCUAGGGUAUCUUAAGCAGGUUGCUGGUCCACUACUUUCCUUUCCUUUGCCCCAUAAUUCCUUUUACAAUACUGUGAAGAGAGUUCCCCUAUCAGAUAAGUGGAUACUAUCUAUUUUGCUUGUUAAUGGGCAAUUUUGAGGAUUAAUGGGAAGAUAUAAUUUCUUCCCUUAGCAGCUACUUGGAGAGGUACAUUCUGGCUGAUGGGGGUCCUUACAUUUAGUUUCAAAACAUACAGUUUCUCCUGUAUUUCCUUCUUAACUUUUCUAACUUUGGGUCCAGUUUUUUCAUUGUCUCCCCUUCCAGGCAGCUCUAUUCUUACAGAGCCAUGGCAGGACAUUUUAAAAUUCCAAUAGAAAACACUAAAAGAAAACUCUGUAGAAUCACUAGUGACUACUAAGAACCUAUUUUCUCAAUCUUCCUCCAUGUUGUGUUCUUUGUAUUCUUGAGAUGAUAAUAUAUUAUGUAUUUGAAUUGCUGAAAAAUUGAAAAUGGAGUUUAAGAUAUAUGUAUAUAAAGCAUAUGCUGUAUUGGUGCAAUAAUGAUAAUUAAAAAUAUGGAAAAAG